CCCGACCAACAUCAUUUUUGUCAGUGCAUACAGGAAAGCAGUAGGUGAAGCUACAGGAGCCCCCAUUGCCUGACAGGAGCUUUACAAAGGAAGGUCAGUCAUCAGGUACCCAUUACGAGGGCAAAGGAAGCUGAGACUCAUGCAAAGCCUCUGGCAAAGGUGGAAACAAAACCUCGGGCUGUGAUCCUGCAUUAACUGCCGUCUGGAUCUGUCUGCCUGGAGCUCCUUGCAGAUGAGUAGUCUGGGACUGGACCAGUGAAGACAUACUCUCUCUGUGCCUGCAGUUACUGAUGGUCCCCAAAAAUGCUGCCUCUUGCUGCCGCUGGUGCCAGCUCAGACCUCUCCCACCGCAGUAUUUGAUCGCAGCAGGGCUCAACACCCGGCUACUCCCAUUGAUGUCUCAAGGAGGAGGCAAGAGGUAACUUUUACUUGUGGAUUUCACAAGUGCUCCUGUCAGCCUGGCCCCUCAUCUCGGGGUGCUGCGGGUGCCUACGUUGGCAGAUAAAAGCAGGCCAGGGAGCAAUGCGUGGUGACCCAGCCGAUGGAGCAGGAUGGCCAUGCUGCGCUGUGGAGGAUGUGAUUCCCAGGCUCCUGUGGGCCCUCUUGUUAGCAAGGUAUUUUCAGUGUUUUGCAUGAUUUUUCUCCCUCCACUGAAAAAUGCCUGAAACUACAGGAGAGCUGUCUCAUGGCCCAUUAGCAUUCUGUUUACUGCAUGAAGCUGAGGAUACAUGUUAAAUGUGUCGAGGAGUGCCAUGCAGGACUGGUGGAGGUGAUUGAGGGCUCCAAGUAGGCUGGGAUGGCACUGGAAGACUAUGUACAGCAGAGGGAGCAAAACCUGCUCCUGUCUCAUCCCUGCUUCAUUUUGAGAGUGAUCCCGAGACCAGCCACGGUCAAAUCUUGGAAAGAAAUGGUGCUGUCUCCAGCUGGACCACGGGGGAAGUCCAGGCCAGAGGUGGAGGGCAAGCAUGCAGAUGGACAUGGGCACAGUACUUGAACUUGCUUCUCGCCCCUCUUUUAUUCAACCAUGGUAACCCUCAGGGUUCAGCUCUAGCCAUGAGUAGAAAAUCUAAUAUUUUCUUGAAACGUAUUUCUGGUCAUUGUAAUUCUGUAUCGCUCUCUUCUUUAUGAUGGAGAACAUGAUCUGCUUUCCAAGGCUACUAAAGCUUCUGAGCCCAGCCUGCCUCCUUGCCCUUGAUCAGAGCAGCAGCCAUGGAGCCCUGUCUCAGAGCCACAGAGGAGAAGUGUCGGAGAAAAGCAGAGAACAAAACCAGAGGAGCAGGCUGCUAUAGGAGCCAGCUUCACUUCUUGCCAUUGCAUUGUGCUGCAGCAUGGCUCCAGGUUAGUCACAUCAUCCUUACUCUCCUCGGCUGCAGAAUGGGAGUGGGGGUACCAGCCUCUGCUGUGUGAAACUGCACUGAUAGGGUUUUUUCCCUCUGUUUCUGAGCUAUCCCAUAGCCCUUAGGGUCUGCAUUAGCUCCAUGUCCAUCAAAGCUGACAUGGCAUAGGAACUUAAAACAUAAACCAAACCCACUCCUCACCCCUUUUGCCAGAAGAAAAGAGGAAGGGGUUGACAAAGGAGUCUGCAGAACUCACUGUGUGUGGCCUGGACAUGAAAGUGGCGUCCCUGGCCCUGUGGCUGGUGGGUAGAGCACAAAGGGGGAUGCAGGAGCAGCCAAACCUGCAUGUAACAUAGGCAAAUGCUAAAGCUGUUGGCUUCAAAGCACAGGUUAUUCUGCUUCUUUUAGGGGAAGGGUGAUGAACUUAAUGGACUACUUGGCUGGUCUAGGACGACAAUUCCUCAUUGCCUCUCAGGUUCAGUAUCGCCAAGGACAUUACAGAUUCUCAUCUGCUGAUAACGGAACCAAAGAUAGGAAAACUAAUAGGGAUAUUUUCACCAACAAGGACUGUUCUGAUCUUACACGUUUUUAAAUGUUGUUGCCAAAUGAGGCCACAGCAUAUUUGGUAAACAAAAACCAGCCCCAACAGGUCCUGACCUCGGCUCAGACUGGCUGUGAAAACCUGGUGCGCAGAGGAAGCUGGCGGUUUGUGGCCACGCAGAGGGAGCAAGGAUUUGCCCUGCUAGGCACAGCCUUCCUUCCCAGCUCACACAGGGGCCUCUGCCUGAGAGUCUCCUUCAAAGAAGACUUAGGGCGUAUGAUUGGAUCCAAGGUGCACAAUCCCUUGCUGCACUUCCCCAUUUCUGUGCACAGAUGGGGAUGCACUCUGGAGGCAGCCCAACUCUGAGCCUACAACCUUCUUUCCAUUCUCUCCAAAACUGAGCAUCCAUGCAAGGAUGCACCUUAGGCCCCUGAGCUAUAGAGACAAAACCGUGGUGUGGACAUACCUGUCAGGAGCCAGUCAUCGGCAGCGCAGCUGCAACAGUCCCAGGACAAGGCCGUUCAGCUGGAAAGAUCAUGGUCCACUCUCUGCAGGCCUGAGACUGCAAGAGGUGUCACUAAAAUUUUGAAUCCUGAGAGACUUUGCCACUUCAACAGACUACUUCUUCUCUUUGGCCUCUUCACUUGGGAGAGGAUGGCAAACCAGCACUGGAGAAGCAUAUAUUAAUGUCUCAUCUUAAGAUUUUCAUUUCUCCAUUUGCAUAUUUGGGUCUCCUAUAAACAGAGCCGCAGCCUGAGUGCAAGUACAUGGCACGCUCAGCCGUAUCACGGAGUAUCAUGUACCACCAAAGUCACAGCAUCCCCACCUAUGUCCACAAUGGCUAUGGGGUGGUGAUGGCAGAUACUAAGCCAGGGAAAGGAGAGGUGGCCUUUUAAGAGCACUGGGCGGGCACUCAAGGGGGCUCCAUUUCUGCUCCCCAUACACAAAUCUUGGUGGUCUUAGCAUGUAACUCACUUCUCCAGAAAGGCAUAUGGUGUUUGACUGGUGUCUCAGGGGACUGCUGGUAACAACCUCAGCCUAUACUUAACUGCAGUGGGAGUAGAAGGGGUUACUGUUUUUUGCUGGAAAUGUGAGACUUUGGGCUUCUCUUUCUUUUCUCUUAGAAAUUAAUACAGAUUUUGGAAGUCAAGAUAUAAGAAGGAAGGCAGAGCACUUAUCAGAUACUGAACUGUGAGUUCACCUGCUGACCACUAUCUGUGAUGAGAAGACCCCCAGAUUCUAUCAGACUCUCAGCCACUGCUCUGGCUGCAGGAGCUCUACAGCAGCCUAGCAAAUAUGACCGAAAUAUGGCAGACAGGACAAGGUGAAAGACCCUCUGGACCCUAAGAUACAUGGGGAGACAGGGAGGGUUCUGUGUAGAGGGGGAAUGGUAGGGAGCAGAUGCCAUACCGCUGUUACCUGUUGUUAACCUGGAAUAAAUACUGCUGUGGAAUUCAACACACUGAAUUAAAAGGUGAGUUUCUCCCAUGUGCCAUGUAUAGGAUGCCUGUCUCCUCUAGCUGAUCUACAGAGAACUGUAAAUCUUUUAUUGCUUUCACAUACCCUCAUAGAAACUUGUGCUUUUAAUUUAAUGUGUAGAAAACUUGAAGUCCUACAUCCAGAUCUUAGUGUUCAUCCAAAUAUGAUUGGAUUACCAUUCUUUUAAGAUCUGCUAUAUUCCUCUUCUUUCAGAUAAAAAUGUUGUGCUAGAAGUUUUCCAUCAUCCCUGUGUCUCUAGAGAGAAUCUUGGAGACUUGAAGGUGACUUUUCUGUGAAAUGGUCUCAAUAUAAUUCCAAAAAUACUUCAUAAUUUGGAGUCUGCUCCUCAACCUCCAGCAGAGAUCAAAGAGAUCCCAGAAAAAAAUUAAGCAACAUCCAUUCCUAGGAGCUGAGCCUUUGGCUAUAAUGAAUCAAUCAACUACCCUUUUAUCAGCCAGAUAUAUAUUGACUUGGGGCAUUUUGGAGCCAAAGGCUAGUGUAAUGCUGCUGGUUUAGGCUUUGUUUCCAUCAAAAUAUUGAGUCCAAGGAAAGAUCUUUGUUUUCAGUGUUUUUUACAUCUUCUUGUUAUUUUCACCUUCAAGCUUGCUUGGCCAGUUGGGUAUGAAAAGCUUGUUUUUGCUUCCUAGUGGCAAGAUCAUCUGUUGAUGUUCUGAUUGUUCUAAUUGAUGUCCAAGGAGAAAGCUGGAAAUGAUUUAGAGAUGAAGAAGAAAGGAAUGGCACUGCCAUUUAGAGAUGAAGAAGAAAGGUCGGUGUCCUUCCUGUGUUGGGGACCCCAGAGCUGGAGGUAGCCUUCCAGAUGGGCUCUCACCAGAGCAGAGAAGAUGGGCAGAAUCACCUCCUUUGACCUGCUGGGCACACUGCUUUUGAUGCAGCCCAGCAUACAGUUGGUUUUCUAGGCUGUAAGCACAUAUUACUCUCUCUUCAUUCUUCUCAUUAAGGAAAAACUGACAAAAAGGGUAGGUCUUAUGGCACAUGCAGAAAACCAGCAGCUGCCAAUGACAAAUCUCCCUUGGACGGAUACAGAUGAUGGUUCUUAGUCCCUUCCUAGAGGGAUGUCCUGCCCCAUUAAACAAGCUGGUGGUGAGUGAACCUGGGGUAAGCACUAAGUAGAAAAUGGCUUAUCAGGGAAGCAGGAUCUCACAGAGCUCCUGACUGAAAACCUAAUCUUUAACUUUCUUGCAAAAGCCUAGGUGGGAAACAAGCCUAAAUAUGCUUUGUUUGCUCAAUGACACAAGGUACCUUCUGUACUCUGGUCUCUCAUGUUUCAGGAUGAAAGAAAAUUCAGCAGGCAAUUUGUCACCAAAUUAAAGUCACCGCUAUCAAAAUCAUUCUGGAUCCAAAAGAGAGGAAUAAAUUUGAUUGUACUUGUAGAAAUGUAUUUGGGGCAAUGUUAAAGAGCCUGGACCAGCUGCUUCUUGCUUAGCUCUUAUGUAGGCAACACCUGCAUGGAUUGCAGUUGUGGGUGGCUGAGUGAGGGCCGGCUGUGCCAUGAACUGAGAUGGAGAUGGAGGGGCUGGUGCUUGGAGACCACACUAUGUUCCUCUGCCUGGCAUACUCCAGAGUCCCCAGAGACAGGAAUGUCAGGUAUGUGCUGCCUGUUUUCUCCAGCCUGGUUAGGAGAUAAUGGGAGUGAGACUGCAGGGAAAAGAUUCAGGCAAUAUGAUUUAAAAAAAAAAAAAGGAAAUAAGGUAAAAACUCCUCCAUGAUUUUGUGGGUCUUUGAGCAUGCUGGGUGGUGGGGCUGGAAGUGGGGAAGCACAGAACACAGACAGACUGUAUUAAUUUGAUAAACUAGAAUGACUAGUGUAUUUUGACACUCCAUCAUUGCAACUAGCUUUUGGUGAGACAGGGUCUUUGGCCAGUGCUGUUUCUAAGGAGGAUUUCUCUGUCCUUAUGCUUACCCUGCCUACCAGCCACAUGAGAGCUGUGCUGUUUAACCCUCCUUCCCCUCAUUUGUAUUCCCCAUUCCCACACAACCCAUUGGCAGUGUAGCAUUACUCCCCUCCCCCAAACUUUCCCUCUUUCAGUUGGUGUCACCACAAAGGAAUAGAUUAUUACUGACACUGAUUCCAAUUUAAUCCUCCCAAUAAUCUGAUUUUUCCAAGCCUAUUUAUAUCCUUGAAAUGACAGUAAGGUUUAAAGUGAUACAAAUAUCUGAGCCUAACCGCUGGUACUAUCCACACCAGUCUGUUCCAGUUUUGACCCUCCAGAAUAAAGUGUAACCCCAGAUAUUAUUUGAUAAAUCCCUUCCCAAAUGUUUGUAGAAUUAGACUGGUCCUUGGUUACUCUUUUUGACUAGCUUUUUUACAUUACAGGUUUACUCUCCAUUACACUGGCAAUAAGCUGAAGUCCCAAAAUAAGUUUUAAAACUCAUAUAAAUGUAGAAUUUCUUUUCCCUUUGUGGAUUUUAAUAACUUUCUGGUGUCUGGAAAUGAUCAAGAAGUAAAGCUUUCAUAGCAAUGUAAGAAGUAUAAACCCACUCUAGUUUGUUAUUUCAUCCAGCAACUUGAGAACUUUUUUUAUUUUCCUGGGCUUUAAGGUGAUCAGCCAAUGUUUUCUCCCAUCCCCAUUCUCCUUAAGAAGCUUAUUAAUGUUUUACAUUCAAAAUAAAGACAAACCAAUCUGAAAACAAAGCCAUACUUAGGGCUGCACAUUGUAAAUGUGCUUGCUGGACUAUUUCCACUAUUUGUAACCAAUUCAUUUUAAUAUUGCUCCUACUUCUUGCUAGAUCUGCAGAACUUCAGCUCACACAUAGCCCAGGAGUAGUUCAACCAGAAGUCAGCAGGUUUUUGUUCUUUUUUCCCCCCACUCUUAUAAUUCAAUGCACUGACUUGUUUAUAUAACUGGAUCCUUUUGUUUCUCCAAAAGGGACUUGGCUAUUUCACUGAGCGACAACACCCGUGGUAGGUGAUGGUCUGUUUUUUCCAAAGCAAAGACUUCAGUUUUCAGCAGAAUUUACAUUCCAGUAAUAAAUAUUUAAAGGAAUUAUAAUGGAACUGAAGUAAAGAAUGUCUCUCUGAAACACACACACACGUGUAUACACACACACACAGACAAGCACACUCACAGUCAAUUAGUCUGGGGUUGCUCUGAUGCAGAUGGUGCCUCUGUUCAACUCCUGAAGUAGUUUGCUUUUCCCAUUAGAAAACUUGGCCACUUCGGAUUUUUAAUACCCCAUAAAAAGCUUAUAAAAUGUUAUUCUUUAUUGUCUAUGUAGCAGAUCAUUCAAACAUCUAUGUCAAAGGCAUUUUCUGCAGCAGGGUCUCUUUCUGCCCCUCAAAUAAAUGUAAGAAAGAAUACAAUCUGUGCUGAUUUCUUGCUGUCCUUUCUCAGGUAUGAGCUUUAGGAUUUUCAAUCAUCUCUAUUUUAUUUUGCAACAGACUAAAAUAAAUGACACCAGAAUGGCAGUUUUGGAACAUAACAGGACUACACAACUACCUUUUGGCUUCAAAUGUGUAGUCUACUAUAAAGCAAAUAAGACACUGAUGUACUUUUCUAUUUACAAAGCUUGUAUUUGUCCCUGUGGGCAUAACACCAGGUGAUGUCUUACUUAAUGAUGGUGAAGAUUGUAUAUAUGACAUAAACAGAAGAGCUGCUUUUUAAAAAUACUAAAAAAAAAAAAAAAAGAAAAUAUUCCAGCUCUUUUGAGGAAGUAGAAUGAAUUGACUCCAAAAAGCAGAAUAAUGAAAACCAAAAGGCGAAAGCAGGAAGAAUGUGGCAUAAAUAUUGGAGUUACCAGCAAAUGUCUCCCUCUGCAAACCAGACAGUAUUUAUUCUGUACAGUUUUAUCCUUAUCUUUUCAUUUGCAUUGAAUGGUGCCCACAGUAGUAGCACUACAGCUGGCUGAGUAUAAUGCCCACUGAUCGCUGCCCACCCAGGAGGUAUCAGAGCCUCCUUGUCCCUUCUCAUGCCCUGGACUGCCUCAUUCCAUGAACAGCUUCACCAUGAGGAGGCCUGUUACCCAUGGAGGAGUUAAAGGGCUGUAAGGCAAGAGGUUGUGAGGGGGAGGGUUACAUAUGGGUUUUUUUUCAUUCCUGUGUCUAGGGCUAAGCAGCAAAAUAGUACUUCUUCUCCAUUUCCACCCUAUCUCUGUUUUUUCACCUUUGAAAUCUGGUUAUUCUUAGCUCACUAGGUUUGAUUUGCUGACCUGACGUGAACAUAUCCAUCUUUCAUGUUGAUCCUGGCUUAAACUCAGCAGAAACAGAAAUAGGAGUGGAAAAUAACCCAUCUGACAGCUAGAGACAAUGAUACUGAACCAGUAUAGGAGAAAUAGAGGGUGGUCACAGGUAUGUGGAAGGUCUCUGUCAGCUCAGGGUAGUCCACAGCUAGAGAACAAAAGGGUGAGUGUCUGUGGACAUGAGUGCAUGGACAUGCACACACCAGUGGAGAAGCAGGGAUAGAUGCUUUUUAUAGUCAUCAGCCCUUAUUGGUGGAUUCAGCUUUCUGCAGGCAUCGGUGCAGGGAGGCAGCCCUGGAAGAAGUUUACCUUCAUCGAGAGAGACCUUUGGAAUGGAUCAGCUGGCCAGGAGGGGUAAUGAGAAAGACCUCCUGCAGGAAAGGGGAGAUCCAUGUAGGGUAGAAGAAGCUCCUCCUAGGAGAGGGGCAGGCAGGGAUGGAGGCAGGAGGGCCUCCCACUUCUACAGCACACUCUUCCCAUGCCAGCCCUGCUCCAUCUGCUGGCAAGAACAAUGUGGAGCCUCUGCCGUUUGCCCGCGGGGAUCCAGCCCCUCCUGUCCUCCCCCUCGGCCCAGAUUCCGUCCAUGUCUUCAUUUCAUCUGCCACAAGUGGCAAGGGUGAGAAGAGCAGAGCCUUCCCCAGGCACAGGAGGGACAACAACCCUUACUCUUGGAUCCUAGGACAAGGAACUGCUCUCCCAUGAACUUCCCUCUACUUUAGCCUCUAACAUCUUGUUAAAGUUACAAAUGAAGUAUUGUGCACGCUGGGUAUUUACCAUCUGAUCACUGCUCACCUGUGGUCAGUUAAACCCCAGUGGAAAUACCCUGCAAAUCUGCUGAGGCUGCAUGGCAGACUGGGAUACUGCUGGGGACAGAGUGAGAUGGCAGCAUCAGCUCCUGCCUCAGCAAGUGCCCAGGAAAGCACGGUGCUGCUAUGAAAGGUGUUCAGGGAAAACACCUCUGCUUUGCUGCUCAACAGUUUGCAAGGUUAUUGUUUUGGCUCUGCCUCCAUUUUUCCCUUGCCUACUAGGUGUUUAAGAGAAUGUGCUGAGGAAAGCUCUGGCUUUUUCAAAAUAUGGAAGCAAUAUGGAAAGCUUUUGCUAUGUAUAAGCCUGCAUGGCAUUGCAAACUUGACUCACUCCUCUUUGCACGAGGAGUUGCAGGCUGGUCCCAGCUCCCCUGUGAAAGGCAGUGGGAUUUUUUAGCUCUGGCACCAUUGGCUUUAAAUGUUUUUUCCUCUUGUUCUACCUUCUGCUAUUGGGAAAUCAUCUGCACCUGGAUUUUGCUUCUCUUUUCCAUGUGGGAAAAGAAGCAUGUUCAUCCUGCUGUGCCUCUUACAUAUGGCAACUCUUUCAGCUCUGAGUUACAGGCAGUCAGGCGAAUGGGGUGGGCUGAGGUUCCCCACGUCAUCCAGCCCCUCAGGGAGGGAAGGAGGGCAGCCAGCAUCAGACCAAUGUUUACAGAAAGUUUAGUCUCCAGUGGAUUUCCCUACUCCAACAAAACAAUAGGAGGGGCUUGUGCUAUAUUAUCCACGCUUCCUCUUUAUUCUGAUAUUAUCUGUGAAUUCUUGCAAAUAAUAGAUGACUGAGACCAUUUUUGUUCUGGGAAAUAGGAAGAUGAAAACAUUAGACAGACCUUAGCAGUUUCAAUAGACUUAUUCAUGGUGUAUGUAGUUAUGCAAGUCAGGAACUAGCAAAAUACCUGUUGGAAUAAGUAACAAUCACAAAAGCAGUUCUCUUACAUCUCCUUUUCAGUAAGAGAUAUUGUCUCGGUCAAAACAAAAGAAGAGUUCAAAACAAAACAAAAGUUCAAAACAAAAAAAGAAAGCAAGCAUAACGCCACUCUUAAUGCCACAAGAUCUUGGGAAGCAAUCCAUUCCAGCUCUUCUAUGUGUCUGCUUAAAUACAGGCAUUCUGAUGUUCUGAUAUAAAUUGCAUGCUGGUGAUUAAUAGAUCUUCUAUCACUUGGACUUGAACUGAAGUCAAAGGAACAUACUCUUCCCCCCCAUCUUCUUUUUCUUUUCUAAACCUGCAUUAAAAUAGAUUAUUCAGAAAUCUUGGAAUGAAAAGUGCUAGGUCAAAACUCACAUUUUUCUAGCAAGUCUACGAAAACUUACUUUAAAAAGUCACAUACUGUAGAAUCUCAAUUAUCCUGGAAGGCUUAUCUGGGUUAUGGCUUAAGUAUGCUCUUCAUGUGCUUGUUCUAGAAGUACAAGAUGAGCUGUAGUGCUCUGCAAAGCAGCUAAACCCUUCCCUGGGCCAAAUGGAGUCCGGAAGCCAUUCAAUGGAUUGACUUGGGCACAGGAGUCCUGCAGCUUCCCUUCAGUCUCGUGCAGAGCUGGGCUGUGUCUCAGAGCUAGAAGCCACAGAGCAGUGGUUCCUCUGCAAUUCUGGCAGGACUCCGUGUCUGCCUCUGUGUCACGUCAUCCUCAUCUGGGAAGUCUUCUUGCAUUGUCAUGCAACUGCACAGAGACGGCUGUGGUGUGGUGCUGCGUGGAAGCUUUAUGGGUACCACCUGUCUCCACACUGAAACCUUCUGCAUCACUCAUGCAUUAUUAUCUCCUAUUAUCUAGGACCUCCUUUCGUUCUCCUCCUCCUCUUCACCCCAAGUAAAGAGGGCCUGUUGGUGUAUCCAUGGGCUUAAUACCUAGUGGUCUUGGAAGAACUUCUCUGGCUCGUUGCACAUUAACAUUGUUGACAUUUUUUAUGCAUAUGCAAUUAAUAAAAAUUGGGCAAAACUUUAAAGCUUUGGCUAUACUCUGGACAGAUUAUGAAUUUUAUGUUCUCUGUGAAGUAUUGUUAAUACUUGCUACCCACAAGGGCUAAUUACUAAGAGCAGAUUUUACUCUGAAAGGAGGGCUUUCUCUCCUUUGCACAGCCUUCCUCUUCAGGUUAGAAAAACAAACAUUCCCAGUUAGGCAAAUAGGGCCAUGCUCCCAAAGGGGUUUUUUGUCAGUCUUGUGGCAUUUAGUGUUCCUACUGAUCUCCCAAAUUCAGGACAGCAGUGACUGUGUGAGAAACUUCAUAUCUAGCUUUCCAAAGAAAUGCCCAGCUUUUGGGAACAGAUGCCUAAAUAAAGGCUCAAACACAAGGUAAAAACAGAACGUGCAGUUUAGGCUCACCUUGCGUAAGUCCCUCAAUUUGGGCAAAGGUAGCUUUUGAACUGAAAGCCUGAAUGGGGCAAACUAAUUCAGAAUAAAGCACUGUUAGCGUGAAAUACAUGUCCAGCACAGGGAAGGGGAAUUCUGCAAGUGGAGGUACUCUGCAGCAACUCCCAAUGUGGAUAAGCCCUUAAUUACUUUUAAAAUCUCACCAUUACUAAGCCGUGCUUAUAAUUUCUAGAGGCCUCGAGUUUCUGGAACAACUGGAGUAUGAGAUUCAAUUGCAUUCACUUCAGUGGAGGAUACAGUUAAGUAUCAGCACGUUUGUCGGCUUGAGGCCAGUCAUUAACUAAUUAGUGUAUGGGAACAUUUAAGUUUUUCCCAUCUGAUUUUGCAAAGUUGUUUGGCAAUACUUGCUUAUGAGCUUUUUUUUCCCCUCACUUUUUCCCCUCUCCCUUCACAGCAAAGCAAACCCCAACCAGAAGCAAAAAGAGAAUUGGAAGUACAGUAACUUCCCAUUUUUCCCUUACUGUAGUAAAAAAUAUUUGCUGAGUUUUGCUAUUUUUUUUUAAUGCACACAUAUAUAUAUAAAACACACACACACAUAUAUAUAGCUUUUAAAAAAAUAUUUAAAAGGUUUCAGAGUGUUAGUUUCCUUUGCGGCCACGCAAAGCCUCCCUUCCCAGCAAGAGCGUGUCGGUGGGAGCGCGAGCGGGGCAGCGCUGGAACUACAACCCCCAGAGGGCGUGUCGGGGGGCAGCCGAGGAGGAGCAGGGCAGAGAGGCGCGGGGCCUCCUGGGAGUUGUAGUUCUUCGGCCCUGCCUGGCUCCUGUCCAAGCACCUCUCUGUCCCGUGGGAGGCAGCUCUGACUCCGCGCCCCACCGCUCCCCUCGGGCUGUUGCAGGGCAGCUCCCUGCUGGCAGCCCAACCAGGAACCGCUGGAGGAGGCAUGGAAGACCUGUAAAGAUGUCAUUCAUAUAGCAGUGGAAGGCUUUAUCAGCUCUUGCCGAGGCUUUCCCCUGCACUCAGCACUCAAGGAUGGAGCUGUAGUGGAGGAAAAUGGAGCCUGUAGAUCUCCUGGCAUUUGCCUCUGUAGAAAUGAAUAGUACAAGAGUCACCUUGGCUUUGCUGGUGGUCUUCCUGGUCCUGCUGUAUUGGUACUCCACAUCUGCAUUCUCCAAACUAAGCAGAGUCGGGAUCCGACAUCCUCCACCUCUUCCUUUCAUUGGAAAUCUGCUCUUUUUCAGUGAGGGUUUUUGGGAAAACCACACAAAACUCAUUACGGAAUAUGGACCUGUUUGUGGGUAUUACAUUGGUCGCCAGAUGUUUGUGGUGGUCUCCUCACCAGACAUGAUCAAGCAAAUCUUAGUGACAGACUUCAGUAACUUCACCAACAGAACUAAGCCGAACUUGAUUUCCAAGCCAAUGCUUGACAGCAUCCUUUGUCUUCGAGAUGACAGAUGGAAGUAUGUGCGGAGCCUCCUGACCCCAGCCUUCAGCGACACCAAACUGAAAGAGAUGACACCACUAAUAAACCAGGCCUGUGACAUCCUGCUGUGUAACUUGAAAGUCUACGCAGAUUCUGGCAAAGCUUUUGAUAUCCAGAGGUGUUACAACUGCUUUACGUUGGAUGUCGUUGGUAGCGUAGCUUUUGGUACUGAGGUGGAUUCCAAGAAGAAUCCUGAUGACCCCUUUGUUAAGAAUUGUAGAACAUUCUUUGAAAUGUCUUUGUUUAAGCCUCUCCUCAUUCUAAUCCUUUCUUUCCCAUUCAUAAUGAUCCCACUGCUACGCAUUUUUCCAAACAAGAAACAAAUGGAACUGAAUGGAUUUUUUAUCCAAACCAUAAAAAAUGCAAUUGUCUACAGGCACCAGCAAGAUGCAGCUGAGAGGCGCAGUGAUUUUCUCCAGUGGAUGCUUGACUCCCGUGACUCAGCUGACUCCCUGGCAGCCGGGUGUUCUGAUGUGAUCAGCCCAUCUGCUGCUUCCAGACAGAAUGAGGCACCUCUUCCUGGCAGGACCCCAUCUGAAAAGGUUCAGAAGACACUAACAGAGGAUGAGAUAGCAGGCCAAGCUUUCCUAUUCCUGAUUGCUGGGUAUGAGACCACCACUAGCACGCUGUCCUUUGCCACAUACUUGCUAGCCACCAACCCAGAGUGCCAGGAGAAGGUGCUUCAGGAAGUUGAUGAGUUCUCUGCAAAACACAUGGUCCCUGAUUACCAAAAUGUACAAGAACUCCCUUAUCUGGACAUGGUGAUUGCAGAGACAUUGCGCAUGUACCCACCUGCAUUCAGAUUCACUCGGGAAGCAGCUAAAGACUGUGUGGUGCUGGGGCAGCAUAUUCCAGCUGGGGCUGUCAUUGAAACUGCAGUUGGACACCUCCACCAUAACCCUGAGUUCUGGCCAGAGCCUGAGAAGUUCAUUCCUGAGAGGUUUACAGAGGAGGCCAAGAAGAAACGACAUCCCUUUGCAUAUCUGCCCUUUGGGGCAGGACCUCGUGGCUGCAUUGGCAUGAAAAUGGGUUUGUUAGAGACAAAAAUGACUCUGCUGAGGAUUUUGCAGAAGUUUCAAUUCAAGACCUGCCCAGAGACUGAGAUUCCUUUGCAGCUCAAAUCAAAAGCCACACUUGGACCAAAAAAUGGAGUCUACAUUAUGCUAGAAUCUCGCUAAAAGAAAAUCUACAUCCUGAAACCUACUGGGAGGAGACCCUUUGUUAGUGACUCACUAGCAAAAUAUAAUUAUUUUUCAAAACCCCAAAGACAGCUAGGAGCCUAAGUCCCACUGAUGGUCAGUAGGUGCUUCCUCAGUGCCCUCCUGUGGGAGAGCCUCCAGUCACCUUUUCAAAUGGGCUCCACAGUCUUUUUUGGCAGUUUUCAAAUUACUGUGAAUAGCAUCUGAAAAGUAGCAUCCCACUUUCACUUGCUUUUCGCUUCCUUUCACUCAUCUUUGAGAAUGCUUUCCUCCUGCUCAAUUUCGACAAAUGGAGCAGGUGUUAAGCGUACAAGCAAUUUAAAAUAGAUUUUAAUUACAAUUCAUUAUAUGGCACAUCCUUCUCAUGCACUUCAAAGUUUCUACUCUAGAGAAAGCCCAAAAGGCACCACAAUUACAACAGAAAACCUGGGAUGCAGUGCAUUGGAUUUUGUCGUCAACUCUGCUAACAAUCAAAGCUGAGGCUCCUGCACAAUGCUUAAUCUCUUCCUGUGUCUGUAAAAUGGAAAGAGUUGCACCUCCCUCAUGCUUUGAAGUGAUUUUAUAUACACUUAAAUUAACAAUUUGCACUUGGCACGUUGCAUUGAUAGAGGAAUGAGGAGUUUCUCUGCUUACCAGUUACGUUCCAGUAGCUAAGACCAAGGAAAUGAGGUGAUGCCAUUUUGCUGGCUACUGAACUGCUGUUGGAAAACUGGAGAAAAAGAAGAUAUAAAUUUAAAGCAAGCAGGAAGACUGAAGGAAAUUGAAGGUUAAUCAGAAGGUGUUGUUACAACAUCGCUUCAUGAUGAGGCUUUUCCUUUCCAAGCGCUGGAGUUGGCACUAUUCUUGUCUAGCUCCUUGACUCAAGGAAAUUAAGAGCAUGCAUGCACUAGAGCCAAUGUUAGAGGAGUGGGAUCCAGGAUCAUCAGUCCCAGCAGCUCUCUUGUCUCCUUAUGUGACCCUGGAGCAGCUCAUGUCCCAAGUGCCUCACUCGCCUCAGGAAGGAACUUGUCUGAUUUCCAGCUGCAGCAGCACCAUGGAUCCAUUCAAACUGUAUGACUGUGCACAUGCACCUUCACAGCCAAAACAGCUGUACACUUCCAGUCGUCAGAUUUUCUCCAUGCUCUUUCCUACUUCUCUACAAAGCCCUUCAACCACCACACAGCUAGUGGAGCAACACACAGCAGGGAUCAAUUGACAAGGAAAAACCCCACACCUUUCCUUCAGUGGGUGCCACAGACUGGUUGUCUGUACAAUUGUGCUGGUUUUGUCUCAGAUAAUUUUCUUCAUAGCAGCAUGGGGCUCUGUUUUGGAUUUGUCUUUCAUUAUUAGCAGUGCUUGAACAGAGUCAAGGCCUUUUCUUCUUCUUACACCACUCCAUCAGCAAGGAGGCUUGGGGGUGGACAAGCAAUUGGGAGGGGACACAGCUGGGACAGCUGACCCCCACUGACUACGGGGACAUUCCAUACUGUAUGGCAUCAUGCUCAGCAUAUAAAUCUGGAGGAAGAAGAGGGAAGGGGAGGACAUUUGGAGGGAUGGUCUUUAUCUUCCCAAAUCACUGUCAUACAUGCCAGAGCCCUGCUGUCCUGGGGAUGGCGUAACACCCGCCUGCCCAUGGGAAGUAGUAAAUGAAUUCCUUGUUUUGUGUGUGGCUUUUGCUUUAUCUAUUAAACUGUCUUUAUCUCAA